AUGUCUGCUUGCAACACUCACAAAGUCAUCGUUGUCGGUGCUGGUAUCACUGGUUUAACUGCUGCCUACGAAUUGUCCAAACAAGGCUACAAAGUAUUGCUCAUCUCCAAAUACUUCCCAACUGAUCCUGAAUACUCCUAUGAAUAUGCUUCUGCUUGGGCUGGUGCUCACUUUAGACCAAUUCCAUCUUACUCUGAACAAGAUGUCUUUGAAAUGAAGUUGAACAGAACCACUGUCAAAUACUUUAAGAAAUUUGCCCAAGAAUUCCCAGAAUCCUCUGUCAAAUUUGUCAAGGGUAUCGACUAUCUUGAGGAACCAUCAAUUGGCUACGUUACCGGCACCAACGUUGGUUACAAUGCUUCUAACUUGGAAAACUUCAAGACCCUAUCCUCCAGCAUCAUCCCAUUCAACAACGUCAACUUCGGCUGCGAAUACGACUCAUGGGUCGCCAAUGCUCCUCAUUUAUUGAAAUUCUUAUUCAACCGUCUUACUGUCUUUUACAAUGUCAAGUUCAUCAAAUUGGACGUCUUAUCCAUCAAACAAGUCUUUGAAGCCACCUCUUGUUUCGGCAACUUCUCUGAUAUCUUGGGUGUUGUUAACGCCACCGGCAGAGGUUUACAAUACCAUGGUGGUUACGACCCUGAAACCUUCUUCAUCAGAUCCCAAACUUUGGUUGUCUCAAAACCAAACUGCCCACAACCAACCACCAUCCCAUACUACAACAAAACCGUCACUGUUCAACACAAAGAUGGCUCAUGGAUCUACGUUAUCGAAAGACCAAUCGAUGGCGGUUUCUUAAUCGGUAGCACCAAACAAAUCAACGACUUCUGUCCAUUUGAAAGAGAAGCCGAAACCCAAGAAUUGAUUGCAAGCGCUAAACCAUACUUUAGAGAAUUAUUAAACGCUCAAGGUGAAUUCAACAUUCAAAAGGUCAAUGUCAGCAUCAGAGCUGUUAGAAAAGGUGGUUUGAAAUUAUCCAAGGUUUUGAUCAAAGAACAAGGUAACAAAUUCUUGAUCGAUGCUUACGGUGCAGGUGCUAUGGCUUACGAAUUAUCCUUCGGUGUUGCUGAAAAGAUUGUUCAAAUGGUUAACGACAAAUACGAAUACAUCUCAGCUAAAUUAUAA